AUGGCGCAGAAUGAUUCGUUGAGAAAGUAUGCUAACUACAUUAUGGAGAGUUAUCCCGGCAGCAAUCAUCGAGACUACGAACUGGACACGGCCGGAUUGUCAAAUGCUUCAUUUGGGAAAGAAAUCAGAGACAAGGAAUUCGCACUGAAGAAGACUAUCACUUUUAUCAACCAUGGGAGCUACGGAACAGUUCCUAGACGAUUGCUUGAUAUACAGACAAGGUAUUUGUGGGAGAGGGAAGAACAACCGGAUUUAUGGUUCCGCUUCCAUGCUAAACAUUACGUGGAACGAUCCACACAAGCAGUGGCUGACUUCAUUGGAGCCGAUGUUAGCAAUGUGCUGCUGCUCAGUAAUACAACCUCAGCACUGAAUAUUAUUGUCAGAUCCUACCCGUUCAAAGCUGGCGACGCCAUCUUGGAUACAAAUCUGUCGUACGGAGCAAUCAAGAACAUGUGUUACGACUUCACUACAAGAAUACGACCAGAUGUGAAACGUGUGCAGCUGCAGGUGAAUUUUCCAAUAGAUGGCGAGGAAUCUAUCGUUGAGCAAUAUGAGGACAUCUUGAAGAACAAUCCAGCAAUCAAAAUGGUGAUUCUUGAUCACAUAACCAGCCCGACCUCCAUCAUCAUGCCAGUGAGGCAGAUCGUUGACGUCUGCCACAAACAUGGCGCCCUGGUGGUCAUAGAUGGAGCACACGCCGUUGGUCAGCUGCCUCUAAAUGUUCCAGAGAUUGGAGCAGACAUUUACACGUCAAACAUGCACAAAUGGCUCUACACGCCUCGGGGAUCAUCUUUCCUGUGGUUUGACAGCAAGCACGAAAGCUGGAUCAAUCCAUCCAACACUUCUUGGCAGCUGGGCCUAUCUCUGGACAAGCAGUUCUUCGAUCAAGGAACAUGUGAACAUAUACCUUUUAUCUGUGCCAGACAUGCCUUGGAGUUCUACACUGCCAUUGGUGGACUGGAGAAGAUCGUUGCCUAUACCUCCGAGCUUGCGGAGAAAGCCAAGGAGAUCUUUGUGACGGAACUCGGUCUGGAGACUUUACAGAUCCCGGAGUCCUUGGAGGCUCCAAAUAUGAAGUUGAUCAAGCUUCCUGCAUUUCCAAAGUUUCCACGUUCCCUGGAACGUACGUGGGGUCUACAGAACGCCCUCUUUGCCGAGAAUAACAUCUUUGGAAUCGUAUUCCUGUUUUCUGGGUCGUUUUACGUUCGGCUUUCCUUUCAAGUGUACAAUGACGUUGACGACCUUCGGACGGUGGCCAAAGUUAUGAGAGAUUUCAUUGACAAGAAUAUAUGA